UUUUUUAAUGAUGUUCUUAAAAAUAUAUUCGUGCAUGUGACCAAAAGUUUUUCAAAUAUCUGACUUUUAGUUUUUUGCUGAUAGUUUCAUACUUAUUAACUUACGAUUAUCUGGAUAGAUUUUGAUAAGAUAUAAUGUGGGCAAAUAAUUUUCAAUUUGAAUUAUGCUGCCAUCAUUUCGAAGUUGGCGCUCAUAAUGACGUCAUACCACUAGUUUACUAAUAAUCUAAGUUCUUAUUGGUUCAUGUAUGUGUUUACACGUGCUCGUAAAGCUAUGGACCUGAGUCGUAAUUUUCGUUGUGAUCGAUAUAUAAUAUAAUUUUUCAUAUUCUAAUAAUUAUUUAUUUAUAUCUUUUAUUUAUUAAAGAAUAUCUUUAUCAUGCAUACGCAACAAUUAUUUUUUUAUAACAUGAAUAAAAUAAGUGUACCAAAGUUAUUACGAUCUCAUUGUACGAAAACUACGUACAAAAGUGCUAAUACAAUUCGUAAAGAAUUUUUAGAUUAUUUUACAAAAGAAUUACAACACGAUAUUAUUCAUUCGAGUCCUGUUUCUCUACUUAACGAUCAUUCUACAGCUUUCGUUAAUGCUGGCAUGAAUCAAUUUAAAGGAGUUUUCUUAGGAUAUUACGAUCCACCUUCUACAAAAGUUGUGAAUUCACAAAAAUGUAUUAGAGUAGGUGGAAAACACAGUGAUUUAAAUAUUGUUGGUAGUGAUAGUUAUCAUCAUACGUUCUUUGAAAUGUUAGGAAAUUGGUCCUUUGGAGAUUACUUUAAGAAAGAAAGCUGUCGUUAUGCGUUAGAUUUAUUGACAGGUCCAUAUAAUAUUAAAAAAGAAUUUUUGUACAUUACAUACUUUGGUGGUUGUGAGGAAUUAGGAUUACAACCAGAUAUAGAAUGUAAAGAUAUCUGGUUAAGUCUUGGUAUUCCAGAAAACAGAAUAUUACCAUUUGGAAUGCAAGAUAAUUUUUGGGAAAUGGGACUUUCAGGUCCUUGUGGUCCUUGUACAGAAAUACAUGUAGAUAUUACAAAGCAAUUGGGAGAUCAAAGUUCAAAAGUAAAUACAGGUCAUCCAGAUAUUAUUGAACUAUGGAAUAUAGUAUUUAUUCAAUAUAAUAGACUUACAGGUAAUCAUGCUAUUCAACCAUUAUCAAAACAUCAUAUAGACACAGGGAUGGGUUUUGAAAGAUUAGUUACUUUACUGCAAGGAAAAAAAUCUAGUUAUGAUACAGAUCUUUUUCAACCAUUAUUUGAAACAAUACGUCGCAAUACAAAUGCUCCUGAAUACAAAGGCACUUUCGGAACUUGCGAUAUAAAUGAUAUAGAUUACUCAUAUAGAAUAUUAGCUGAUCAUGCGAGAAUGAUCACUGUUGCAUUAUGUGAUGGUAUUAUACCAGAAAAAAAUCAGAAAUUGAGAAGAAUAUUAAGGAAGGGAAUAGAUGUGAGUGAAAAUACAUUUAAAAAGAGAGAUUUACUUUUUGAUCUUACAUAUACUGUUGUUGAUAUUCUUGGAGAUGCUUACCCAGAACUAGAAAAUAAUCUUAAACAGGCCCAUAAAAUAAUAGAAUUUGAAGAAAAUUUAUAUGAAAAAUUAUGUAAAACGUAUGGCAAAGAAUGGAAAAAAAUUGUUGCAACUAGACCAGAAUUAGCUUCUGUUACUUCUUGCAUGGCAUCAGGACUGGUAAAUGGAUAUAAAGAUUUACAAUCUAUGUUAAAACAGAAUAAAACCGUAUAUGCAUCUGGUAUUUUACCAGGAUAUAUGGCAUUUAAAUUAUUUGACACUCAUGGAUUAAAUAUAGAAACAAUAAUAGAAUUGGCUACAGUUGAAUCACUUCAAGUUGAUAAAGAAGAUUUUGAAAAAGAAAUGAAUAAGGCAAGACUUAAAUCUAAAAUUGGAAUAAUUAAAACCAAUCAGAAUAUUGAAAAAUCUUUGACAUUACUUACUGAGAAUGAUAUACCACAAACAGAUGAUUCAUUUAAAUAUAUCUAUGAAUAUAAAAACGACAAUUAUGAAUUUCCCAAACUUAGAAGUAAAGUUAUAGGAUUGUUUAUCAAUGGUAACCUUAUAUUAGGAGAAGAGUUAAAAGCAAUUCUGAUGAAUUUUGACAAUAAGAAAGAUACAGAUAUACUAUUAAAUGACAAAAAUGAAAUUGACAUCAUAUUAAACAAAACAAUGUGUUAUUCAUUUCAGGGAGGCCAAAAAUCAGACAUAGGUUCCAUUUAUUUAAAAAAUGUGAUAUUUCAAAUAAGUAAAGCUGAAAAAAUUAAUGGCUAUGUUAUUCACUCUGGCAAAUUCGUGAAAAAUAAUCUAGCGGAUGCUUAUUCAGAAUUAGAAGAUUGGAAUGAUUGUAUAAUCUUUAUAGAUACACAUGUCCGAACAAGUCAUAUGAGGAAUCAUACUGCAACACAUUUACUGAAUGCUGCUUUAAAGUUUAUAUUCCCAGUUGUUUAUCAACGAAAUUCUUUGGUUUCUGAAAAUAUAUUAAAGUUUCAAUUUUCUUCAUUUGGAGAUGAAAUUACAUUAACACAUAUAGCAAAAAUAGAACAACUUAUUAACGAUGUUAUAAAAACCAAUGCAUUAGUAGACAAUAGGAUUUUGAAUUUGUUGCAAUUAUUAGCAGAAAAUAAUGUUACAAUGGUACCAGGUGAAAUAUAUCCACAUACAGAUAUUAGGGUAAUCGAUAUUAAUACAAAUGAAUUAAAAUCAAAAGAAUUAUGCUGUGGAACACAUGUUAAAAACACAGGAUUUCUGGAACAAUUUUGUGUUCUAAAUUAUAGUUCUAAAGGUGCAUUAAAUUGUACAAUUCAUGCUACUACUGGCCCAUUAGCUAAAGCAGCAAUAUUAGCUGGUAAACAAUUAUUGGAAAAGAUUGAAAAACUAGAAAAUUAUAUUACUACUGAAAAUAUUAAAAACGAUGAGUUAAAUUUACAAAUUAAAGAGAUACAGCAGAAGUUACACGAAAAUACUGAAAGUGCAGAUAUACCAUUACCUUAUCUUAUUAAGGAAGAAUGUAAUGCAAAAUUACAAAAUUUACUUGAAAUAGUUAUGAAACAAAAAAUAGCAAAUGAAAGGACUUCUAUUAUAACAGAAGUAAAAGAUUCUAUGAAAUCAUAUAAUUCUUUUAUUGUUCAUAAUUUACAACAUACACUAAAACAUCUUUCCUUACAAGAUGUAAUAUUUCUUUUUCCAAAUGUACCAAUACUUCUGAUAUCAUAUAACAAGAAUAUCAUUAAAGUUAGUUGCAGUGUACCACAGGAAUUUUUAUCUGAUAAAUUUAAUGCUCAAACAUGGAUAAAAGUGAUCUUUCAAGUUUUUAAUCAAGAAUUUAAUUUAAACAAAAAUAAAAAUUCUUUAAUGACAUGCCAUACAAAAUUUAAAAAUAUGUCUGAGGAACAUGCAAAAAAAUUGAUAGAGACAGCAGCUAUAGAGGCUACAGAAUAUGCAUUCAUUUUAAUAGACAAAAAAAUGAUUACAGAGAAAAAUUAGUAAAAGAAGAAAUAAAAAUGUGUGUAUAAGAAAAUUUAAGAAAAAUUUAAAGGACAAAUGAUUUAAAAAAAAAA